CGCGCCGCCCACCAGGAAUGCGCAUAAAAGACGACAGACUAAGCGAAUGUAGCUACUUAGUUACACGAAUGCAAUGGACAGAAGAAGAGUGUUGCUACUGGUUUUCCUGACAGUCUCUGGGACUGCACUGCUGCUGGGAGAUGAAGUAUCAGCUAAUGCCACCCAGAACUGCUAUGCCAGUUCCUCAGCUACUACAUCGUGCCUGGUAAACUACGAGUCUUCUCUCAUCCUGCACUGUCCCAACACGGCAACCAACUCAUCUUCACACGGUGAAUGGUGGAAACAGAAUCCAACCACCGGAAGGCCACAGGGAGUCUGCUACGACAGAAAUUGCACCCUCUACAAACCCCUUCAUAACGAAGACACUGCCGUCUACUUUUGUCAGAUGUCAGACAGGAAGUACUACGUCAAUGUCACUGUUUUGGCCCCACCGUCCAUAGUCUGCGACCCUGAGUUCUGCACCUGUUACGAAUCCAGCAAAACAUGUCGUCAACCACUCAUAACCAGGGUGUGGGACGAAGACAUCCAGCUCACUACAAACUUCAGUGGUCAAGGUCCACUGAGUGUGGUAUGGGAGCACAGAGGGAGGGUACUCAACUGCAGCACUGAGUCGAGUGACGACAUAAAAUGUACCAUCACCCGACGAAAGACAUCGACUUAUGAGUAUGAAACACUGACUCUGCCAGGACCACUGGAGACGGACUGGUACAACGGAACAUACAUUGCCAAUGUCUCCAAUCCAUACGGAUACAACCUGACAAAGCAGUAUGUGGAAAUCAUUUGCUCUACAGUUGAGCCACCAAAGUCAGCUGGUAACCAAACCACCUCUCUAACAAAGGGAGAGACUCGUCACGUGACACUCACCACCCGCGGCAGUCGACAGUUCUACAUGUGGGUCUGCUUCACCACAGACCCCAGCAUCGACAUGUGGAACAUCACACUCAACAGCUCCUGCGUUAAAUGCAAAGAGAAAUCGUGCGACUCCCACGGUAUACCCAAUCGUCCCCACUGGACAGUGGACAGAAGUGAAACUGGCUGUUCGGGGGAUUCCAUCAUUGAUCUGUCAGUACUAGUGAAAGACUUUAGUAAGAGAGACACUGGGAGACUGAUGCUGACGUGGUCUACUGAUUCCUCUGAGCAGGGACCUCAACAGCACCAAGUGUUGACUGUGACCUCGCUCCGCUACAAGGAGAGUUUGAGUGGGUAUGUGUAUGCGGGGAUAGGUGUGGGGGGAGGGUGUGUGGUGCUCGGGGUGAGUGUGGUGGCAGUGGUGAUCGGGAGGUUCUGGUACAAGAGAAAGAAAACUGCCGCCCAAAGAGCUCGCAGAAGGGCUGAGAGAAGACAUGCGGCUCGUAACGGUGGGGGCAGAGGAGAAGAUGAAGCUAGUGACAAUGAUAAUGACCGGCAGCACCUUGUCGGAGGAGGCGACAGAGGUUAUGGUGCUAUUCCAAGACAUGGACAUGGCAUUAACAGUGACACAGCACCUUCAGAAAUUGAAAAUGAAGUUGUGCUACAAACUGAUAGUGAAGGCACUACAAGAGACGUUUAGAAAUCACUUUUUCAUAGCUAGCACGUUUUGUGUAUGUGAAGCAGUCAGUAUACCUUUCAUAGUACACUCUGGAGUGAUGACAAAGAUGCAAGAAAAUAAUUUGGGCAACCAUAACAUUUAUAUAGUUCAUGUGCAUUGCUAGCCAUGAUUCAAUGUAUAGACACUAUAUGUGGGGUGUGUGGGUUAUUGCCGAGAGCUGAGAUAAUAGCAAACUCCAGGCCUAGAGGCACGGGUAUUAUUUGACACCAUUUUUUCUCGUCUUGUGCCUCAGACCAUGUGUUUUCACGACUGGUUUACUUCCAGCUAAGUUUCACUUUUUUGCAAGUGUGUUUUGGGAAUCAUAUAUAAUAGCUCAAAAAAUAAACAGGUUCAAAAAAUAGCUAUUGCUUUUAUUUGAAAAGUUCAACACUAUCGGUUGCUUCAGUCUCGGAGUGAAAAAGUUUUGAAGUGAAUCCCCCAACUACUACGAGGCAGUCUUCACCAAGAGCUGCUGCAAGACAAUCA